CACGCCCCGCUUCCCCUUUUCUUCCCGCUCCAGAGCCUGCGCUCAUCUACGGAUCAAGCGCGCGCCGCGGCCGGCAUUCGGCUGUUCGCUGUGCGCCGAGCCACACGGCAGACCUCUGCCGCGCCUGAGCUAUUCCAGCGCCACGCCUUUGACCCGCCGUUGCCUCCUUUACUCCCCGCCCUCUCUCCAACACAUCGCCGGCUCACGCUCCGCCGUGCAACCAGUCCACGGUGCACCGCCCCCCGGCUAAAGGCGCGCACAGGCUUCUCUCUCCUUCCUCCUGCGCUUGCGGGCAUGGACGUCGACGACUCGGCGCCGCGCGGCGGCGGGGAACCGCCCCGCAUCCGGCGGCUGGAGGAGUCGGUGGUGAACCGCAUCGCGGCGGGGGAGGUGAUCCAGCGGCCGUCGUCGGCGGUGAAGGAGCUCGUCGAGAACAGCAUCGACGCCGGCGCCUCCACCGUCUCCGUCGCCGUCAAGGACGGCGGCCUCAAGCUCAUCCAGGUCUCCGACGACGGCCACGGCAUCCGGUUUGAGGAUUUGCCAAUAUUGUGUGAGAGGCAUACUACCUCAAAGUUGUCUGCAUAUGAGGAUCUACAGACAAUAAAAUCCAUGGGGUUCAGAGGGGAGGCUUUGGCAAGUAUGACUUAUGUUGGCCAUGUUACUGUGACAACAAUAACAGAAGGCCAACUGCAUGGCUACAGAGUGUCUUAUAGGGAUGGAGUAAUGGAGAAUGACCCGAAGCCCUGCGCUGCAGUUAAAGGAACUCAGGUCAUGGUUGAAAAUUUAUUUUACAAUAUGGCAGCUCGUAGGAAAACAUUGCAGAACUCCAAUGAUGACUACCCCAAGAUAGUGGAUUUCAUCAGUCGGUUUGCAGUCCAUCACAUCAACGUGAACUUCUCUUGCAGAAAGCAUGGAGCCAAUAGAGCAGAUGUUCAUAGUGCAAGCACAUCUUCAAGGCUAGAUGCGAUCAGGAAUGUCUAUGGGGUUUCUGUCGUCCGUGAUCUGAUGGAAAUAGAGGUUUCAGAUGAGAAUGCUGUAGAUGGAAUAUUCACGAUGGAUGGUUUCAUCUCAAAUGCAAAUUAUGUGGCAAAGAAGACUACCAUGAUUCUUUUCAUAAAUGAUAGGCUUGUAGAUUGCACUUCUUUGAAAAGAGCUAUUGAAUUUGUGUAUUCUGCAAUAUUACCUCAAGCAUCCAAACCCUUCAUAUACAUGUCCAUCAAUCUUCCACGAGAACACGUGGAUGUCAAUAUACAUCCGACCAAAAAAGAGGUUAGCCUCUUGAAUCAAGAGCAUAUUAUUGAAACUAUUAAAGAUGCUAUUGAGGAAAAGCUGAUGAAUUCUAAUACCACAAGGAUAUUCCAAACUCAGACGGUAAACUCUUCCGCACUUGCUCAAGCUAACACACAAAAGGAAAAGGGUACUGAUGUCAGCACUGCUACUGGAGCAAAAUCUCAAAAGAUUCCUGUGAGCCAAAUGGUCAGAACAGAUCCACUAGAUCCAUCUGGAAGGUUGCACACUUAUUGGCAUGGGCAAUCUUCAAAUCUUGAAAAGAAAUCUGACCUUGUUUCCGUAAGAAAUGUUGUAAGAUCAAGAAGAAAUCCAAAAGAUGCUGGUGAUUUGUCCAGUCGUCAUGAGCUUCUUACUGAAAUAGAUUCCAACUUACAUCCUGGCCUUUUGGAUAUUGUUAAGAAUUGCACAUAUGUUGGAGUUGCUGAUGAAGUUUUUGCUUUGAUACAACACAAUACCCGCUUAUACCUUGUGAAUGUGAUAAAUGUCAGUAAAGAACUCAUGUACCAGCAAGCUUUGUGCCGUUUUGGAAACUUCAAUGCUAUACAGCUCAGUGAACCAGCUCCGCUUCGGGAGUUGCUGACGAUGGCACUGAAAGAUGAUGAAUCGAUGCGUGAUGAAAAUGAUAAGGAGAAACUUGAAAUUGCAGAAGUGAACACUGAGAUACUGAAAGAAAAUGCUGAGAUGAUUAAUGAGUACUUCUCUAUUCACAUUGACCAAGGUGGCAACCUGACCAGACUUCCUGUUGUACUUGAUCAGUACACCCCUGAUAUGGACCGCCUUCCAGAAUUCAUCUUGACUUUGGGAAAUGAUGUUACAUGGGACGUUGAGAAAGAGUGCUUCAGAACAGCAGCUGCUGCUAUUGGAAACUUCUAUGCACUUCAUCCUCCCAUCCUUCCAAAUCCAUCUGGCAAUGGCAUUCAGUUAUACAAGAAAAAUAAAGAUCAGAUGGCAAGUGGCGAACAUGCUGAUAAUGAUCUAACAAGUACAGCACCUACAGAAGAAGAUGACGUUGACCAAGAGCUGCUUGCGGAAGCAGAAGCAACAUGGGCUCAACGCGAGUGGACCAUUCAACAUGUCUUGUUUCCGUCCAUGCGACUUUUCCUCAAGCCCCCGAAGUCAAUGGCAACAGAUGGAACGUUUGUACAGGUUGCCUCUCUAGAGAAACUCUACAAGAUUUUUGAAAGAUGCUAGCUGAGCUGACACGAGUCAUCACAACAUAGGAGGAAGGGACUUGCUGGUUUCUUUCGUGGACGUGUAUAGGGACUGUACUGUAUGGUUGGUAGCGUUGUAAAUAUUUUUAAUGAAAAGAGCAAAUUUAACUCGAAUUCUGGAAUGAAGAGUAAGUAUGUUUGCUCUGGUAUGCCGAGGAAUUUGUCAUGUAGGUCGUCGUGCAUUAACAUGCAAAAUAAAUAUUUACAUUCAGCUGCGAGACUCGAAA